AUGGCGAUGCUUUGCUUUCUACUCGAUUUACGAAGCCUAUCUUCUCCUCUCCUUCGAGAUCUGAAGCAGUCGUUAUUGCAGCUCGCGAAUUACUACUCGAUUUCGGUUCCCGAGAUCAAUGAUAACUGCAAUAGGAUUCGAUCGAGGGCCCUCCGCGAUCGCAUUGGACUUUGCUAUGUUUUCAGAAAUCGAAUUUCGUGUUCCGAUGAGCUGAAGGUUGCAUACAAUCCCUCUGUGAAUUUCAAUCUGCGCGAUUUUCACCAUGCAGUGAACAAUAUACCUAACGAUGCCUUUUCCCCUGAAUUCGACGAGUCUGGAGCUCUCUGUUGUAAGGACCUAAAACUAUCAGACGUUUUGAAUGGCGAAGUUAUAUACUCAUGGGGAGGAAAUGACAGACACAUUUCAAAAAAGAUUAUUCUGCUUAGUUCCUGUGUCGUUAAAUCUCUGGAUUCUAUGACCAUAAAGGCUCUCACGGAAGCUGCAGAGAAGUUUGUCUCAGUGGAGUUUGUUUUCUUGGAGCAAAAUUCAAGCCACCUUGGUGAUUCCCCUGAGAAUAUCAACAACUUUAUUAAGCAGAUUGGUUGUCUUGAGAACUGUUCGCUACGGAUGUUUGUUCCAGAUUCACAUGCACUUCUUGGCCUUGUGAAAAGAUGGCUUCAGGAGUUAAAAGAAGACACGGAAGAAUCGUUACAAGCUCGUUUUCUCUUCAAGGUCGAUCUAAUGAACAAUCUGAACCAGAUAUCCUGCAACUUAUGUGCAUCUGUCCAUCCCAUAAUCGAUGGUUUCAUUCCUUGCCAGACAUGCAGGUGUCAUGGCAUUCCACUGGACAAGUCAAAUGAGAGUAAGACCAGGAGGUCUUGUUGUCCAGUAACAAGCAAUGAACUUGGAGCUUUAGAUUUAAUCGAGAACUCUGUCAAGAUUGGAGAACAAACAAUCCUGUAUAUGCCGUCUUUCCAGUGCAUUCAGAAGCUCCAGCAAAUUUCUUCACCUGUUGACUUCAAUGUCAUUCAGAGAACUAACUUACGAUUAUUAAGCGAAGGUUUAAUCAUGGGUUCUACCUAUGUUGUUACUCCAACUUGUAAUGAUUCACAUGAUAAUGACAAGUCAGAGCACAAUACUCAACUUUUUCAAUUGGUCUGCAGUGUUCUAAACUCCCUUGAUCAGGGGUUGGUUUGCUCUUCUAGUUGCAAUAUUGGAACUGCAAUUGAGACUUCAUUUAAGUGCUACUACAUACUGUUACCUUCGGACAAAGGGGUGAUGCUUCUCAGGCGCCUUGCAGGAUCAGAGGAAGUUUUACCCACCCCUGAUGUGAGUCAAUUCCUUAGCUCUACGCUAGCUAAAGAGAUUGAAGACACAGUUCAAGCUUCUUUGCUAAAGAUCGAAGUGAGUGAGUACAAUCCAGUCCAGCACGAAAGAGGAUUCCAUCAAAAACUAAACUUACUUGUAAAAGAGAGCCUACAAUUUGGGGCAAUACCUCCUAAAACAAAAGAAGCAACCUCAGAGUCAGAUUUGACCCUACAAGAGUCCUCGGCUAAGGUCCAACCAAUAUUGCAAUUAGAUAUUAAACAUUUAGACGAUAAAAUGAGUGCAUGCAUUACAGAGGAGUGGGAACAACUUGUUAUAACUGAUGUCGUCAACAUGAAUUCUCCCACUUGUAUCUCCAAGCCAAAGCUGGAUGAAUCACCAUUGCACAACAAAAGACAAGUCGAUGAAAAAACUUCAAGAAUUCUUGAAAGGCUGGAAGUCCCAAGGCAGCUUAAAAGGAAAACAGUUUCACCUACAAUCUCAAGCAGUGUGUGUGCUGAUAUGGGUGCAUCCUUGAAGAAGCCUCUUAUACCGUAUGGGCCCGGUAAUACUAUCGAUCAAGGUCCAACAGCAAGCCAGCCGAGGAAGCCCAGUUUCCAGAGGAGGAAAAGAUAA